GCGCUGCGCUAUGGGUGUCGACGUGACCCAGUGGCGGGCCGCCGUGGGCACCCACGCUGGAAGGGUGAGGCCAGCGGUGCCUGUGGCGAGAACGCGGUAUGGCGCGGCAUCGGGAUGCUACCCCUAUCGGUUCCCAUCAGACACAGAACCCUUGGCGAUUCUCAAGGCGUUGCACCAGGUAAGAUAAGAUUACUGUCAUCCUUUAAUUUCUUUGCACUGAUAACGAUAACAGGAACGGUACAUGCAAGCAUGAAAUAGAAAUUUUAGAUAUUUACGUGUUGCUUUUUUUGUUGUUUCCUUUUGUAGCACCACAAGUUUGGGUUGGUCGCAGAGUGCAUCCUACCUGCAGACUCUCAAAUGCGGAAGGAGUUUUUUAAUGGGCUCGUGGGCUUCUUGCUGCUGUUGGAGGCAGGCAUCGAACGGAAUCCAGGUCCUGCAGGCGACGAUGAGAGCAGGGAUGAAUCAAAGGCGAAGCGUUUAAAGUCUGCCAACUCAACGACGCGCCGAAUCGACUCCUUCUUCAGACCAGCUUCAACCUCAGUGACAGGGCCAUGUACGGAGUCGGUGCCGGCCCCGGGCAGCUCUUCAUUUUCGUCUCCGAUGAUGUCACCGUCGCCUUCCCCGUCACCAACUCCAUCACCAUCGCCAAUGCAGUCGCCCUCACCAGCCCCCUCAUCAACUAUCAGCGACCCGGAGCCAACUCAACCCAUCGGUCAACCUCCUGGUACCUCCAGUGCUUCUUCUUAUUGGGUUGCGAAUGAUAUUGGUGAUUGUAUAGGCAAAGGGGAAACUAUUUCUGAUCACAAAAAGUACCAAUUAUUAGAAAAUCCUUGGCGGCCACCCCCUGAUUAUGAUUUACCAUUCAGUUCCACCUCUAUGAAAAAUAAAGAUGGGACUUUAAGGAAAAGAUAUUUGAACCAAGGGCACUUAGAUAAAUAUCGUUCCUGGCUUGUUCUUUCUCAUCGUGAUAGAGGUCUGUACUGCAAGUACUGCGCCUUGUUUUCAGUGAGCGGUAAAGCAGGUCAUAAUAAGGCUAUGAGGUUGGGCAAACUUGUGAGUGAACCACUUACUAAUUUCAAGAAACUGGUGGGUAAGGAUGGUCACUUAGAUUGCCAUGAAAGCUUGAAAUACCACAAAAAAGCUGUUGAGGCUGGCAAAGAAUUCAUGCUAAUUUACCAUAAGCCGGAACUUCAAGUUGCAAGCCGAAUAAAUCAGCAACGCGUCGAUGAAAUCAAAAGCAAUAGAGAGCGGCUGGAACCAAUCAUCAGGGCUUGCAUGUUUCUUGGGCGGCAGGGUUUAGCUUUUCGAGGUCAUAGAGAUGACGGUGAACUGUACCCUGAAAAAGAUGAACUAUUUCGAAAAAAUGUCAACAGUGCUGUAUGCAAUCAGGGAAACUUUAGAGAAGUACUUAGGUUAAUGACGCAAUCAAGAGAUGAGAGACUCAAGCGACAUCUGAUGACUUCAUCUGCCCGGGCAACGUACGUGGGGAAGAAUACUCAAAAUGGCCUUAUUAAUUGCAUUGGUGAUGAAAUUCUUGAAAGUAUUUUACAAAAAGUACGUAGCGCAGAGUAUUUUGCAAUAAUGUUCGAUGAAACAACGGACAUAUCACACAAAUCUCAAUUGAGUCUAGUCAUCAGAUACGUUACAAGUGCAGGGCAGGUCCACGAAAGCUUCGUAGGAUUCAUUGACACAUUUGACGACAUUUUAGAAACAGAGAAAAAACAGAAUAAAGCAGAACAGGAUGAUGAACAGGAAGAAGAACGAAGAGAACCUGCAACUGAAACAAAGUUAACAGGGGAAGCAAUAGGGCUUAUCGUUAUACGCAUGCUGCAGAAGCUACGACUGAACCUUGACAAAUGCAUUGGAAUUGCAACAGAUAACUGCUCUGUAAUGGUUUCAGAGUUGAAGGGUGCGGUGCAAGAGAUACAGAAGUAUGCGAGAAACGCCCUUCGCACUCCCUGCUUCAGUCACAAAUUAAACUUGUCCCUUUCGAAGUCAAAUCAAGUUAUCAGCAUUAGAAAUGCCAUCGGAACGAUGAAGAGCUGUGUGACUUUUUUUGAUGACUCUCCUAAGAGAAAUACGGUUUUGAAAACUAAGCUGGGUCAUCAACUGUCAGGUCUUUGCGAGACAAGGUGGAUUGAGCGCCAUGAUGGUGUUCUACAGUACACAGUGGAUUUGCCUAAAGUUAUCGAGUGUCUGGAUGAAAUCAGCGAAUGGGCCGAUACGUCUUCAUCUAGUAUGGCUGUCCAGCUCCGCGCAGCGUUGACAGACCCCUUUUUCCUUGUGGCUGUUUUCUGUCUUGGUGAUGUUCUCGCGACCACCUUGCCUGUCAGUAAACUGUUACAGAAGUUCUCACUCACUUUGGACGUAGCGACGUCAGAAAUAUCUAACCUUGUGUCGGUUUUGUCUUCGCGCCGUGAGAAUAAUGUUGAGCACUUCAAAGGCAUCUGGAAGAAAAUCGAAGACAUGACCAAAAUUCUUGAUGUCGUCAUUCGAAUUCCAAGAAGAUGUAUCCGUCAAGGAUUCCGAGAUAACUAUUCAACGGACUCACCGCAAGAGUACUUCCGUCUAGCCGUCUUCAAUCCUCUCCUUGACUUCAUUGUGAUGGACCUUAAAGACCGAUUUCCACCCGAAGUAAUACAAGUAUUCAAUUUACCUUGGCUUCUACCAGAGAAUAUGCUAAGUUCUGCGGCUGACUUGGACCUAAAACAAAAAGCCACACAGUUUGUAGACUCAUUUUUUUCAUUGUUGCCUUGCAGUAGUCCUGAAAUGGCAAAACUGCAGCUCAGCGCCGAAUUGGAAUUAUGGUACAGUAAGUGGUCGAGAGGGGAUCCAAACAACUUACCAAAGUCAAAGUCAUCUGCAGAUGUUCUUCAAUCUUGCGAUAAGGAGGCAUACCAGUUAAUUAACCACCUCUUAGUUAUUUUGACUACCCUCCCUGUGAGCAACGCAACCCCAGAAAGGUCAUUUUCAGGAUUGAGGCGUCUUAAGACGUGGCUAAGAAGCACAAUGCGCCAAGACCGCUUAACUGGAUUGGCCCUCAUGCUUACGCACAGAGAUGUUAAUGUAGAUAUUGAAAAAGUAAUAGAUAGAUUUGCUAAGACGAGAGGUGGUAAGCAUCGGCUAGAAUUUGCUUUGGAUUAAUUAAGCUUGACAGUGUAGUAGUAGAAAUUGGAAAUUCGAUAUGUUAUGUUUUUAGAAUUGUUCAUGAAUAAAAUACUCUUAUUGCACUGUACCAUUAA